AUGCUUAAAAGCAGCAGGACCAUCAUAAGCAGCAGCAGCAACAACAGCAGCAACAGCAACAACAGCAGUAUCGCAUACGGCCUCUGCAGCAGCAGCAACAUAGGCAGCAGCAGCAGCUGCAGCUGCAGCAGCAGCAGCAGCCUCCAUUGGAGCCUAGAUGGAGGUGCAAGGACCACUCAGAUACAGCCGGAGAAGCAGCAGCACAUGCAGCAAGAGCAGCAGCAGCCGAUACAGCAGCAGCGGCAGGAGAACCAGCAGCAGCAGCAGCGGCAGCAGCAAUCUUUCAAUUUGCUGCUGCUGUUAGCUUACGAUGGGAGUGCCUUCUGCGGCUGGAAAGACACGAGACCACUGGCUUCCCGCUGCAGCAGCAGCAGCAGCAGCAGCAGCAGCAGCAGCAAGAGACUGCGGACAGUAGAGGCAGUGCUGAGGGAAGCAGCAGCAAAAGCAUUUGCUGCUCUCGCGACCAACCAGCUACACCGACGCCCUCUACAGCAGGAACAGCAGCAGGAAAAGCAGCAGGAACAGCAGCAGCAGCAACAGCAGCAGCAGCAACAGCAGCAGCAACAGAAGGAAGCAAAGAGGCAGCAGCGAUUAGACCGAUUUGCUGCUUUUGCUGCAGCACUAAGAAUAAGAGGAGCCAGUCGCACCGACAGCGGAGUGCAUGCAGCAGGAGCCGUGGUUUCGCCUCCCUACUGGGACUUCAUGCAGCAACAACAGCAGCAGCAACAGCAGCAGCAGCAACAGCAACCAGGGCAGCAGCAGCAGCAGCAGCAGCAGCAACUAGGGCAGCAGCAACUGCAAACAAACCAGCAGGGAGAGCUGCAACCUCUUCGCUGGCAGCAGCAGCUAGAGGAUGAGCAACAGCAGCAGCAGCAGCAGCAGCAGCAGCAGGAACAGCAACAGCAGCAGCAGCAGCAGCAGUUGCUGCUAACUCAAGAGACGCUGCAGCAGCUGCAGCAGCAGAUGAAUUCGCUGCUGCCUCAGGACGUGCGAGUGCUGCGAGUUGGAGAUAUGCAGCAGCUGCGCCACUUCAACACAACGCAGCAGCAGCAGCAGCAGCAGCAGCAACAGCAGCAGCAACAGCAGCAGCAACAGCAGCAGGGAAUGCAACAGCAGCAACAGGAGCUGCUGCAGCUGAAUGAACAUGGCGCUACCUAUGCGCAGACAGCAGCACUUGCUGCUGUUGCUGCUGUGAAGCAUGCACAGCAGCAGCAGCAGCAGCAGCAGCAGCAGCAGCAAUUGCUGCUGCCUAGGCUGGUAGUGGGGAAGACUUAUGUAUACACCGUGUCGCUGCAGCAGCAGCAAAAUCCGCUGCUGCGCAGCAGCAGCUGGGCUUUGCUGCACGAUCCUCGCUUUCUUCAAAGAGGACGCCAAGCAGCAGCAGCAGCAGCAGCUGCAGCUGCUGCUGUUGCUGCUGCAGAGGAUGGGCCUUCUGCUGCUGCUGCUGCUGCUGCUGCUGUUGCGGCAGGUGCAGCAGAAAGAGACCGGCUGCAGCAGCAGCAAGAGCUGCUGCUGCAGCAGUUUUGCUGGGGUUGCCUCAGAGCUGCUGCAGUUUUAGCAGAGGGACGCCACAACUUCAAGGUGCGAAGCAAAUCGAAUUCAAUCCCUGGCCUGUUAUAUGCGGUAAGCAGCAGCAGCAGCAGCAGCAGCAACAGCAGCAGCAGCAGCAGCAAAAGCAGCAGCAGCAGUAGCAGAAACAGCACCAGCGCAUGCUGCAGCAGCAGCAGCAGCAGUACUACGCGCAGCAGAGCAACAGUAGCAGCACAUGCAGAAGCAUCUGCAGCAGCACAUGCAGAAGCAGCAGCAGUAACGCAUGCAGCAACAGCAGCAGCAGCAGAAAUAACAGCAGCAGCACAUUUUGUGUUGAUUGUCUCUUUGCAGAUAAACAGCGAGGCAGCAUACCUGAGGGGUGAGCAGCUGCUGCAGCAGCAGCAGAAGCACGGCCUUCAGCAGCAGCAGCAGCAGCAGCAAUAA